AUGGAGGUGCGGGAGAGCGGCGGUGGCGCAGGAGAGCUGGGGACCCAGGACCCUGCCCCCGCCUCCGGCAAGACCGCGGGCAGCGCGAGCCACUACGAGCUGCCGUGGGGCAUUGAUGUCGUGAGGAACAAAAUCAAAAUGUUUGCCCAGCAGAAAGUCACCCUCCCCAAGGGGCGGCACAAGAUCAUGAUCCUCGAUGAAGCAGACAGUAUGACCGAUGGAGCCCAGCAAGCCUUGAGGAGAACCAUGGAAAUCUACUCCAAAACGACUCGCUUCGCUCUUGCUUGUAACGCUUCGGAUAAAAUCAUAGAGCCCAUUCAGUCCCGCUGCGCAGUCCUGCGCUACACAAAGCUGAGCGACGCCCAGGUCCUGGCCCGGCUGAUGACCGUGCUGGAGCAGGAGAAGGUGCAGUACACAGAUGACGGCCUGGAAGCCAUUAUCUUCACCGCCCAGGGAGACAUGAGGCAGGCGCUCAACAACUUGCAGUCGACUUUCUCGGGAUUCGGCUUCAUCAACAGCGAGAACGUGUUCAAGGUACAGGAGCCGGUGGGGCCCCCGGGAGUCCUGCACCUCGGUGUUGCCGCCGCGGGCUGUGCUGGGGCCGCUGCUCCGGGUGUCCGCGUGCGCUCGCCCCGCGCAGACUCCGGAGGAGGUUCUCAGCAUCCGGUGGCCGAGGACACAGGCUUCCGCUGCGCUCCCCCAGAUCACAUGGUCCCGCUGCUGGAGGGGCCCCCCAGGAACGGGCAAAACUACAAGCAUCCUGUGUUUGGCACGCGCCCUGCUGGGCCCAGCAUUCAAGGACGCAGUCUUGGAGCUCAACGCCUCAAACGACAGGAAAUUGGAUACACUCACAUGAAAAUUGCAGAAGGUGUGAACUCCCUUCUGCAGAUGGCAGGGCUCCUGGCCAGGCUGUGUCAGAAGACAAUGGCCCCGGUGGCCAGUUAGGGGACAAGAGUCCUCCUCAUCCGUCCGUGAGACCCAGUAGUCAGCGCCUUCUGAUCUGGACAAAAUGCUGCCUUAGAUCAGCAUGGGGACGCACCUUCCUCUCACACAGUUGUAGCCUUCACCUUCAUGCGGCUUCCACGAUAGUUUGCGCUCAGCCUCAGACUCACAGAUGGAGUGAGUCUCAGACUCAUGGCACAGACUCACAGGAUGGAAAGGCCCCAGAGAACCUCCGGGGCAUGGCACCCGAUCUGGGCACGU